AUGGCAGCAGAACUUGUUGGUGGUGCUCUUCUUUCGGCUUUUCUCCAGACUGUGUUCGACAAGAUGGCUUCACCUCAAUUUGUAGACUUCUUUCUUAGAAGAAAAUUUGAUGAGAAAUUGCUCGCAAAUUUGAACAUCAUGCUUCACUCAAUCAAUUCUCUCGCUGCUGAUGCAGAACAGAAGCAGUUCAGAGAUCCACACGUGAAAGCAUGGCUUUUUGCUGUCAAAGAGGCCGUGUUUGAUGCAGAGGAUCUCUUGGAUGAAAUAAAGUAUGAACUCACCAAAUGUGAAGUGGAAGCUGAAUCUCAAUCUCUCACUUAUAAGUUGAAGGACUGUAAAUAUUGCUUAUGUUUGCCUCCCCUUGGACUUUUGUCAUCUCUCAAGACCCUAAAAAUUAUAGGCCUCGAUGGAAUAGUGAGCAUUGGUAAUGAGUUCUAUGGGAGCGAAUCCUCUUCAUUUAAGUCCUUGGAAAGAUUGGAAUUCUACAACAUGAAAGAAUGGGAAGAAUGGGAUUGUAAAACUGAUUCUUUUCCGCGACUUCAAACUCUAUCUAUGAAUGAAUGUCCCAAGAUGAAAGGCCUGUCAGAACAACUUCUUCAUUUGAAGAAACUAAUUAUUCGUUCCUGUGAAAUACUUGUCAUUAACGAACACUACAUGGAUCCAUCGACUCUUAAAAUCUUGAGAAUUUAUUCGUGUCCACUUACAAAUGUUCCCAUUACCCUUUACAACUUCCUUGAAGAAAUGGAGAUUAAUGGAGGUUGUGACUUUCUUACAACCUUUCCACUUGAUUUGUUUCCAAAGCUCUGUUCACUUAAAUUG